AUGAUAGUUGAAUCUCAAAUUUAAAUUGAUGAAAUCUCCAAAGCAGACUUGAAAGUAGCUAUUUAAAAUGAUGAUGAGACCAGCACAAUAGAUCUAGAUCAAUCAAGAGAAAGCUUGCUAAGGAAGGAUUUAAAGAAUGUAAUGCAUCCUGCUAGGAGUGAUGUCAAGAGAGAUGAUUUUGUUUCUAGAAAAGCUACAAACAGUAGGAGGUCAUUUAUUCAGAGAAACUUUACUAAGAUGGGAUCAGGAAGUUUGAGAGGGAGUAUAUUUGCAAUGAUUGCUUCAGCUAUUGGAUCAGGAGUACUGACUUUCCCAAAAGUAUUUGAUGAAAAUGGGUGGAUUCUUGGAAUUAUUAUGGUUAUAAUGGGAGCAGUCAGUUGUUGGUGGUCUCUCUACAUGCUUGUGCAAAGAGCUAGACACCAUAAUUUGUAUAGUUAUAACGAAAUAGCUGAGAAAGCUGGAGGUCCAUUAUUAUAGAGAUACUUGCAAAUAUGCAUUUUAGUUUACAUCUUUGCUAAUUGUUUAGCUUGUACUAUAGUUAGUAAGAAUUAUAUUUGGAAUGAAAGCAUCAUUAUAGUGUCUGAAAUAGUUUUAAUUUUAAGUGGAAAUAUUGGAAUGCCUCAGAGCUUCACUGGACGAGUUGAUGGACCUGUUACAUUUUACAAAGUUCUUAUUCCUAUUGUUUUCUUAGGCUUAUUUGUUUUUCCUCUUUCUUUGAGAAGAGAUGUUUCUAAAUUGAGAUAUUUUGCUUUAGGCUCUAUCAUUGCACUAACAGUGACUUUACUAGUUGUAAUGUUUGAAAUGCCUUUUUAUGUUCGAUAAUACCAUGAUACAUUAAGCGAGGAAGAAAGAAAAGUGGUUCAUUCAUGCCCUUCUUUUAACUUCUUCAACUCAGCUGGAAUCAUAUUUUUUGCAUUCACUAAUCAUACUUCACUAUUGCCUGUAUACAAUGAGCUUGAUAACCCUGUCAAACGUAGGAUUAUGAAAGUGAUAUCUAGAAGUACUUUUAUGGUUUCAAUAUUCUACAUUUGUAUGGCUAUGUUCGGCUACUUCUCAACUCUAGGUCGCACUCCUGAUAUUAUCAUAGCUCGAGAAAGCUUACCAGACAUGCAAACAGAUUUCUUUAUGAUAUUUACAAAGGUAGCACUACUACUUGUGAUGGUUGUUAACCAAGUGACAAAUUACAUGCCUUUUAGAUAUAAUUUAUUCCAAAUGGUUUAUGAGCAUGAUGAUAUUUCCAAAAAGUAGAAUGUGAUCAUGACAGGAAUAUUCUAUGCCAUUAUUUGUAUCAUUUCUAUAUUAUUGCCAAAUGUGAUAUCAGUGCUUGGAAUUUUCGGUGGGUUAACCUCUACUUCAAUAUGCUAUUUCAUUCCAUGUAAAUUAUUAUUCUUAUUAACUUUUAUAGUGUUCUGCUACAUUAAAUUGAGAAAUAUGGGUGAUCCUUUCACUUCAUUUAAAAACAUUUUGGCAAUGGCAUUUUUCGGGGUUUUAAUAGUUUUUGGAUUUUUAUCAAUCAUUGCAAGCUUCAUAAAGUUUUAUGAUCCCUAAUCAUCAUUACUAUAAUGCCAUUGA